AUGCUGCACCUCCUCUACAUGCUUGCCCUGCUGGUACAGCCCUUGGGGAGCCUGGGAGCAGAAAUGAAGACCCUCUCACAGAGAUCAAUAUCUAACGCCUGCACUCUAGUCAUUUGUAGUCCCACAGAGAACGGCCUGCCUGGACGGGAUGGACGGGAUGGGAGAGAGGGUCCACGGGGAGAGAAGGGUGAUCCAGGAUUGCCAGGACCUGCAGGGAUUGCAGGGAUGCCUGGCCCUGCAGGUCCAGUUGGGCCCAAAGGGGAGAAUGGCUCUGCUGGAGAACCUGGACCAAAGGGAGACUCUGGACCAGGUGGACCUCCCGGACUCCCAGGUUUGCCUGGUCCAGCUGGAAAAGAAGGACCCUCUGGGAAGCAGGGGAACACAGGACCUCAAGGCAAACCAGGUCCCAAAGGAGAGGUUGGGCCCAAAGGAGAAGUAGGUGCUCCGGGUAUGCCGGGAUCUGCAGGAACAAAAGGCUCCAUAGGCCCCAAGGGAGAAAGAGGUGCCCCUGGUGCCUCUGGGAUUUCUGGGGCAGCAGGGCCUACUGGAGCCAUGGGGCCACAGGGAGCUCCAGGUUCCAGGGGGCCACCAGGGCUCAAGGGGGACAGAGGGGCUCCUGGAGACAGAGGAGCCAAAGGUGAAAGCGGGCUUCCAGACACCGCUGCUCUGAAGCAGCAGUUGGAGGCUGUAAAGGGACAGCUACAGCAUCUAGAGGCUGCUUUCUCUCACUAUAAGAAAGCCACACUCUUCCCUGAUGGCCAAAGUGUUGGAGACAAGAUCUUCAGGACAGCCAACUCUGAAAAGCCUUUUGAGGAUGCCCAGGAGAUGUGCAAGCAGGCUGGGGGGCAGCUGGCCUCCCCUCGUUCUGCUGUUGAGAACGCUGCCAUACAGCAGCUUAUCACAGCACACAACAAAGCUGCUUUCCUGAGCAUGACAGAUGUGGACACUGAGGGCAAGUUCACUUACCCCACAGGAGAGCCCCUGGUCUAUUCUAACUGGGCCCCAGGGGAGCCCAACAACAAUGGUGGAGCUGAAAACUGCGUGGAGAUCUUCACCAACGGCCAAUGGAAUGACAAGGUUUGUGGAGAGCGACGCCUUGUCGUCUGUGAGUUCUGAGCCACUAGAGGUAGCAGAUAGGACAGUACUUGGCCAGCAGCUUAGCGAGUGUGGUGUGGCUGAGACCCCUGUGCUGCCAACAUCCUAAUAAAAAAUGACUACAUGUCUAGCUUGGGUUCUCUGCAGAAAGCAGCCAAAAUGCAGGGCUACCACCCAACACAUCUCUUAGAGUGUCCUGCAUGGCUGCCUUCACAUGCUGAAAAGCUCUCAGGGGAAAAAAGAGGUUGUGUCUUACCGCUUUUAGGGAAUAAAAUUGUCCGUCUCUA